AUGGCAUCGGCGACGCCCACACUUCGGGAAGCACUUCUUACAGAGGCGAAGCACAGGCUGCAAGAUUGGUUCCUCAACAACGACUGGAGGCAGCAUCCCCCGCCGGAUGGUCGGUUAGACUGGCCCAAGCGGGAAGAUGGCAUCCAGCUGCAGAUCACGACCAAUAAUUAUGUGUGCGAUGAAGAGUCGAGGAUCGAACCCUGGGAGGGCAUUCAGCUCGACAAGACACAUCCACCUCCGCGCCCAGAUGCAAUUCCGAUCACCUUUGGCCGAUUUGAUGUGCAGAAUGCAGAGGUUAUCGAUGUCUUCAACGCUCUUGCCGAUACGAAGGGCGAGGCUGAAUGGGACGAUCUUUUGAUGAACGGCCCGGGCGUCACGUACUUGGGAGACUUCCCGAAAGAGUUCGCCCGGGCAGCUGCCGUUAGUUUUGUGGCACGCCCAUUCCCAGACAGACAGGUCUUCCAGUGGAUGGUGUACAACUCCACCCAGAACUAUGAUGACAUGACGGUGGUGUACUCGACGCGAAGAAAUGCCGUUCUUCACCAGCGCGGUGUAGAGGAUGAAGGCUGGCCUGCCGUGCAGGCACAGAAUUGCUUAGGGGCUUAUCACGUGAUGGCCUUGCCACAAGGUGGUUGUCACGUGGUAUUCACGACCAUGGUCAACUCACACCCGCCGUGGCCCAUCACGGCACA